UGUCAGUCAAUCGAGUUCUGGCAGCUGUCACACAGAAAUAGGACUUGGCAGACUAAAGAGAGACCUUCAAAAUUUCUAAUUUCAAAAACAAGAUGGACCCUCAGAGAGCGACGACGAAGAAUGAUGUGAAAGAUGCGUCCUCGGAGGCAGAAGCAGAAGAGAGCCCCGCCGCAGAGACCAGUAGUCCUGUAGCGGCCAGUCUUGUGGUCCAGCUGAGAGACGCCACUGUGGGUGCCACCGAAACAGAUGUACCCGCCGCUGUACCAUCCUGCUGCCAGCUGAAUGAGAUGCCCAGCACCAGCCAACAAAAGCCGGAGACUGGCAGGUCUGAAGGUCGCCUCAAUCACCUCAUCGAUAUGCUGGACAACUUUACCUUCCGCCUGGACGUAAUCGAGGAGAAGGUGCGGCGCGAGGAUCAAGAAACCAACGACCCAGAGCAAGUCACAGUGACGGUGGACUCUGGUACGGCGGUGAUUAUUCAGAUACCAGAGAUCUGCGACCUGGGCACCCAGACGGCGGUCACAAGGCCGCCACACCGACAGCGGGUGGAGGUGAAGGCCAUACCUCCACCGCCGCCGAGCGACCAGCCCGAUACGCGACCACCCUGUGAGCGCACCCACCACACCAUACAGAUCCGAUCGAAUAAUAAUCCUGCCAAUGCGGCAGCCGAACAGGGUCGCCUGUCCCUGGGCGCUCGCAUUUUGCGAGCCUUGGGGGACUUUGGGGCCGCCAUCUGCCUGUGCAUGCAGAUCAACAAGGAUUGCAUCUUCUGUCUGGGCUUCUUCGUGGCCUUCGUUGUGAGUGCCAGCUUCCUGACGGCCUUCUUCUAUCGCACUCUCAACUUCACGUCGACGGCACGCGCCGCCGGGGAUCCGUUCGCUGGAGCGACGGGCGCCUACGAUGUGGCCACUCUCCGCUUCAAUGGCGGCUACUACUACAUAUAUAACAGACAGCGGCAGCACUUUCAAUAAGCAUACUUUUACGGCAUCUUCUUUGAGGGAUUUUACACUAAAAUUUGGUCCGAGAAAAUUUCUGUGUG